AUGGGAGGUAAGAACCUUAACGUAAAACAUUCCCUUGACUUCAAAAGAAGCAAUCAAACUAACGGUGUAGCCUCUCUAAAAGAGAGGCUAAGGCAGAAUGCCAAUGUCAAGAAGUGGAAGGGGCGCAGAGAGAAGCAUUUCGGCAAUAACAUGGGUCAGAAGGUGUCUAACUUUAACUCUCCCGAAACUUAUCUGCCUAUUAACACUCGUUAUGGGGUUAAAAAUAAUAGCUUUUCUAAGCCCAAAAAUGAUGACCAAUAUAUGAAAAAUAUGAGGAAGGUGUACCACACUAUUGAUUAUGAGAAUGGCAGGAACAAGGCAGGACAACCGAAGAGGAAGAAGUUUGGAUCUUAUAAUCCCUCCCAAAGUCCGUCUCAUUCGGGGUCGCUUACUAGGAGUAACAAGUUCCUGGCUUCCAAUGAUUUUGCAUUCAGCACGAGUCAAUAUAGAAGUAAUAAAGAAUUCGAUGCUUCUUUGGAUAUCAAAGGCACUGGAGGUCAUAAUCGGAGAGCCUCAAAUAAUGUAAUUAGCUCAGGAUUAUCAAAUCUUAAAAGAAGAAAACGGCAACAAGAUAUGGGAAUAAAUGGUGUUCAUUCCUUUCGAAAUUCUUUCCAUAAUAAUAAUGCCAGCUUAAGCACAUUAUACAAUAAGAACUCAGGAAUGGGCAGCUUUUGGGGUGUAUCAAGUAACGUUAAUAAUUCUUUGAACUCUAUAAACAAAAGAUCUAAGGAGAAGAUAAUUCCUCAGAACGCAAGGCAGAGUUUACAUUUGAAACUGAAGAAGAAAAUAUUUCAAAAUUCAAAAAAGAGUAUUGGAGAAAAUAGAAGAGAGAUACACAUGCUCCCAACGAAUACUUUUAACAGGAAGAACUUUAACGAAAAAUAUGGCUUGAAUAUGAAGAACAAUAACGAAGGCCUUCUAGUCAAGUCUUAUAAUAAUCCAAUACCUGGAAAUGCCAGUACUUCCCUGGAUAAUUAUCACACAAAAAGUCAUGAAGAUGUGAUAAAAAGCUCCUCUUCUAUCAUGUUCAAGAACAUGGAUAACCAGAGGCAUAAGCCCAUCAACGGUCAGAUUAACCAUAAGAUACUAGCGAGCCUAGCUAAUAAAAAUAUGAAAGACCAGCUUUCCAAUAAGAAGAAGCCCAAGAAGGAUCUGAGUGCUGAUGCUAGGAUAAUCAAUGCAUAUAGCUAUGAUAAGAGAAAGAAGAAAGAUAAUUCAAAGGUCCCAACAAUGGGCAGCACUGUAGAUCCUGAAAAUAACAGUGAAAAUAUGACUCAGGAGCAAUUCCAAACUGAAGUUAAGUCCUACCCGCAACCUCACAAGCAAAACUCAUUCAUAAAUAAAAUCAGCGACGAUCUGAAGCAUAUUGAUGAGAAGCAAUAUGGGUCUGAAGGGAAGAUCAACGAGUACGAUGAUGUCCCAAAAGAGUUCGACUCUCCUUCUCAGUACAAAGCUAUUAGCCCUUCUCCGAACCUCAACACCAGUGCUAUGAGUAAAGAGGUUGCUUUAGAAGACGGAUCUUUCCGAAUAAGAGAGGAUGAGAGUAAAACCAAUGCCAAACAAUUUCCUAUGACUGCAGCCAAGGCUAUCCUCCACUACGGUAAAUAUCUCAGCGAAUAUGAAGAAUCUGAGAUUUUGAACUACAGUUUGGUCUAUUACAUCAAUAAGUCCAUCAGCAUCGACCAGAGGUCAGGCAAGAAGUCCAAAAAGAACACCCAAAAUUUCAAAGUAAUCAAAGGCGAACAACUCUGCUACCGCUAUGAAAUAAUCGAAUCUCUGGGCAAAGGUGCCUUUGGCGAGGUCAUAAAGUGCUUCGACCAUAAAGAAAAGUGAGAUAUUGCCAUUAAAAUUCUGAAAAACUCCUCUGACAACUACGAACAAGGAAUGAACGAGGUGAACAUUCUGAGAUAUGUGAAGGAAAAUGACCCUGAGGAUGUCAGGAAUAUUAUUAAGGUCAACGACACUUUUAUUUUUAGAAACCAGAUCUGUAUUGGCUUUGAGAUUAUGGACAUGAACCUUUAUGAUGUUAUUAAGGGAAGGAAUUUUAGAGGCAUGAAGGUUAAGUAUAUUAGGAGGAUUGCAUUGCAUAUAUUGGUAGGACUCUGAUUCCUUGCAAGGCAGAAUGUUAUUCAUUGAGAUAUUAAGCCAGAAAACAUCCUUUUGAAGAAGAAGGAUGACCAGAAGGGGUAUAUUAUUAAGAUCAUUGACUUUGGAUCAGCUUGUUUUAAGGAUAAUAUUGUUUAUUCUUAUGUACAGAGUAGAUUUUAUAGGGCUCCUGAAAUUAGCCUUGGAAUUCGUACCUAUAGUCAAGCUAUUGAUAUGUGGAGUUUUGGAGCAAUGCUGGCUGAACUCUAUACAGGAAUACCACUUUUCCCAGCAGAGAGCGAAGAAGAGUUACUUGGCCUUAUUAUGGAGCUCAGAGGGCCGAUGCCUCUUUAUAUGGUCAAAGAAGGAAUGAAAGGUAGUAAAUAUUUCAAAGAUGAUGGAACUCCAAAAGAGCAUGUAGCUCUGAUGCCAAGAUCAAAAACUCAGAAUUCGAAAGAUAAGCACAGACUUGACCUUGAUGAGUAUGCAAAAAUGUGAGCAAUGAAAGAAGGAAUGAGUGAGCAGAUUUUAAACAGUUCUCAAAAGUCAUCUUCAGAAGGAUCAGAGGAAGACUCAGAUGAAGAUGAAAGUGUGGCUCUGAAGCAUGAUCUCCACCUAGAUUCCCCAUCUAAGCAUCAUUACGUUGUUGGUGCGAAGACAUUAGAUUAUGUGAUGCAGUGAGAAGACUCAGAAUUUGUAGAUUUCAUCGAGAGAUGACUUGAUCUGGACCACAAAAGAAGAUUGACUGCCAAGGAUGCUUUAAAGCAUCCCUGGAUUAUCAAGGGCCUGAAAUAGGCCAAUCAUGUCAAUUUUAUAAUUUCAUUCAAUUAAUUA